UUGGCUAACUUUGCAAAUAAAGAUGCCCUCAGAGGGAGGGAAAGGGAAAUGCUCUCUGACAGAGUCUACGUGGAACAGGGUGGCUGAUUGGCACGUUCAGAGGUUCCCUUUCCAAGCCCAGCCCAGACCCUCACCAUGCCUACCUCCUUCCCUGAAUCAAUUUCAGAAGACUUUCAGUAUGAUGAGAGUGCAGAAGCCUGUCAUAUAGGAGAUAUCGUGGCCUUUGGAACUACCUUCCUGCCCAUAGCAUACUCCCUUGUCUUUGCCUUUGGCCUGGUGGGAAAUUUGCUGGUGGUGUUUUCCCUCAUCCAUAGUCAGAAGUCCAAGAGUAUCACCGACAUCUAUCUCCUGAACCUGGCCUUGUCCGAUCUGCUUUUUGUAGCCACCUUGCCUUUCUGGAUUCACUAUCAGGUAAGGGAACAAGGCUUUCACAAUGCCACAUGCAAACUCACUACUGCCUUCUUCUUCAUUGGCUUUUUUGGAGGCAUAUUCUUUAUCACCAUCAUCAGCAUCGAUAGGUACCUGGCCAUUGUCCUGGCUGCCAACUCCAUGAACAACCGGACAGUGCAGCAUGGUGUCACCAUCAGUCUCGGCGUCUGGGCAGCAGCCAUCUUGGUAGCAGCACCCCAGUUCAUGUUCACAAAACUUACGGAAAACCAGUGCUUCGGGGACUACCCUGAGGUCCUGCGGGACAUCUGGCCUGUGCUCCGCAACAUGGAAGCAAACAUUCUUGGCUUCCUGCUCCCUUUGCUCAUUAUGAGUUACUGUUACUUCAGAAUCAUGCAGACACUGCUUUCCUGCAAGAACAACAAGAAAGCUAAAGCCAUUAAACUGAUAUUUCUGGUAGUCAUCAUGUUUUUCCUCUUCUGGACACCCUACCACGUUAUGAUUUUCUUAGAGACACUCAGUCUCUACAACUUCUUUCCCAAAUGUGACACGAAGCGGGAUCUGAAAUUGGCGCUCAAUUUGACUGAGACAAUUGCAUUUAUCCACUGUUGUCUCAAUCCCCUUAUCUAUGCAUUCGCUGGAGAGAAAUUCAGAAGAUACCUUUACCACCUGUAUAGGAAAUGCCUGGCUGUCCUAUGUGGCAGAUCCGCCCAUGUAGGUUUCUCCUCUUCUGAAUCACAAAGGAGCAGGAGGGAAAGUGUUCUGAGCAGCAACUUGACUCACUACACCAGCGAUGGAGAUGCGUCCAUGAAUCUCUGAAGAGAUCUCCAAAGCCUUGUCCCUCCAGAGAGCCUGGAGCUCUGAUUCUGACACUGAAAAAUGAGGACAAAAUUUUUUGUUGUUUCUUACGUGCAAGAAAUGAUGGCCCCAGUGCCCCCCCUCCCCAAACCCCUAAGGUGUUUUUGAGAAUUGUGCUUAAAACUUAAAUGAUUGAGGAUAGACAUGUCUCCUACUGCAAACGUCAGAACUUUUUUGUUUACAAAUGACAAAAAUUUGACUCAAACUAGCUUAGGUAAAAAGGAGGUGGUAAGUAUUGUUCACACUGUGGCACUGACAAGGGGGUGACUGAGCCCUCAGAGUGCACGGGACCGGGGUUUGAAUCAAGCCAGAAUUUCCUCUCUCUGAUUCUCAAAUCUUUGAGUGGUAACUGAGCUCCUAGACUCACAUAGCACAGCUUUGUCAUCAGAAAGGGACUGAGACCCAUUCCUCCUUUUCUGGUCUCAAGGUCAAAAUUCCUAGGGAAGGGCUCUGAUUGGCCAAGUUUGUAUCAGAUGCCUAUCCUUACAUCAGUUGCUGGUAUUCAUGGAGUAGAUAAUAUAGCAGUUUCCCAUCCAAUUUUAUGGCUAGCGAUUCAUGGAGAUGUAUUUCCAAGAAGCUGGAGAGGUAGGUGCUGUUUUGAUCAGACAGAACAAGAGCUGCCCACCAACUUUACCAUGUGUUUGGCUAGCCUAGCCUCUCCUCUAAUCACACCAACCAGUACACAUUACUAGCCGCCUCUUCAAUAAAACCCUUCUCUCAUGUCCCCAAACCUACAAAGGUUCCCCAUUGCCAACUGCUUCAAGUCCAAACUCAAAUACUUGGCCUCUGAAACCCUCCUAGAGAUUCCUUAUUGCCUCCCCUUUUCAAAGGACUCCACCCACCCUGUCAUGUAGAUUUCUUCUAUCUGGCUUCAUGUAUCUCCACCUGCUUCUGGGCCCAAGGGGAAUAGAAAGAACCCUGGCCCAAAAUGAAAAGGGUUUUCAAUCCCAACUCUCUAUCACUUGCCCAUUGGGUGGCCUAGGACAACUGAGCUUCAGUUUCCUCAUCUGUACAAUGGAGAUAAUGGCACUUUUCACAUUGGUAGCAUUGUUUCCGGUAUGAAGAACCAGCCACCAACUGUUGCAGGUCCCAACACUCGUCUGGUUCCCAGACUACAACUUGCUCCCCACCUGGCACCGUGUGUAAGUGAUGGUGUUGGCAGAGCCUGGAGGAGCCUGCAGGUCCGAUGCAUGCUCUAGCCCAGACACAGAGAAGGCUGGUUCCUAGAGUGACAUUCUGUGGAUGCUCUUGGAUGUACGGAUCAAUAACCUGCCCUGACCCAGCCCUCCAGACUGCCUUGAAGAUUCCCUCCCAAUCAUCUUGUGGCAAACUCCUGCCCACCUGGAGAUAACCCCAUUAUUCAUGCCACUGCCAACCUGGAGAGCCAGGGUCACAGGAGUGGCUUUCUUUAUCAGUUAACAUUUGGGAUGAUCUAAAACUUUAAAGCUUGAAAAAUAGCUAUAAUGAUGCUAAAGAAAAUGUCAUCUGUAAUCUGACCAUGCAGUAUUGUCAUUUGCCCGUCCAGAUCUUGUUCAUAUCCUCGUCGCAAUCACAAUGUACAGACAGUUUUGUAAUCUGCGUUUCUUCUCUUAACAGGAGGUCACAUAUUGCUCUCUGUUCCUCCAUAGUUUUGUGAUGAUCAUUUUAGAAGACUGCCAGGAUGUGCCCUCAUUAAAGGCAUCUGACUCGUUGCUGUAUUUCUGGUACCUCCUUGGCAGUCAUUAUGUUUGUUUAACCAAUGAGAGGAUGAAUCAUGUCCCGUCAAGAUCCUGUACCAUAAUUUACUCCCCAUUGCUUUGUUGAUAAACAUUUCACUUAUUUCCAAUAUUUACCAAAUAUAAACAUGUAUAAUUUC